GGGCUGCACGGUCUGCCAGUCUGACGUUCGGUAGACUGAAGCCAAGACAGUGCGCUGGUAGCGUUGUUCGUAUUCAUUCAGUGACCUCGGUGACGAUGGAGUCUAGGUUACUGGCCGGACUGCUAGUUGUUGCGGUGGCUGUGAAGGGUGGGGCGGCCGGUUGGGCGCAGGUGCAUCCACUGCCGCUCGGCUGCCCCGCAGCCCGGGUGUACGCUCAUCUACCGGAAUCGACAAUCUCUCGCCUGGUGGAGCAUGUGUGCGUUCCUCCGCAAGUGGAGGGAUCAGAAACGGAGUUGGAGCGUCAGCUGGAGCGCGAGGAGCAUUCAAAGUCAAGACAUCCUCUGCUGCCCGGCGCGCUGCAGCUAGAGACGGAUGAGACUGAAACUUGGAAUGUGGCGAGAAUGGGACACGAUCAUCUGAAACGCCUCGAGUACCGUGUCCAUGAUGAUUCCCGGUUGGAAGACAGAGCUCGUGACACACUCGCCCAGACGACCUGGCACGGGUGGAUAGCGCCGACUCAGGAUGCAGUACCGGGAGAACUCUGUCGAAACCACAGUCGUAUCUACGCUGAGGAACUGAGUAAUCGGCUGAGGCCGCAGCUAUGGGCCCUCCGGAUGGCCGACGCGUCCGGCAAGUUCCCCGAUGGUCUCCUGUACGGUAACACGAACCUGCUCGGCUCAUGGGACGGCUGCCGCUCGGUACGUGUACACCUGAACGCCUCGGAUCACCCGGACCUUGCGCAGCUCGACUUCUCAGGCCAGGUCUGUUCGGCCGUGAUCUCAAGCAGUCCCAGCGUUACCGACGGAUUGAGUCUGGUUCCAGCACUUCCCAUCCUGGCCGGACUUGGUCUCGCGCCGCCGGCCGUGCGCUACGCCUACUGCGUGCCGUCCUCCUGUGAUACUGAGGACGUGAGCGUCUCCCUGACAGAGUCGCUCGGCGGGAGCGGUCUGACGGCGACCGUCAGCGACUGCCACGCCGAGGGAGAGUCGGCUGACCUGGACGCCGGCGACUGGGCGCUGGUGGUCGUGCUGGCGCUGGUCGCUGUAACUCUGCUCGUCUGCACAGCUCUGGACGUGGCAGCGGCGCACGAACUGCGCUUGCCACUCCCGCGGCGGCGCAGCAACCCUCUACCCGUGUACCGAGGCUCGGUGCCGCCGCCGCCGUCGCGUGCCGGCACCCUCGUGCGCGCCUUCUCGCUGUACGACAGUGUGCCACGUCUGCUGAACACCGCCAAAGACCCUCGCACAAUCGGGUGCCUGCACGGGAUCCGCUUUCUCACUAUGGCCUGGAUCAUUCUUGGGCACAUUUACGCCAUCGGUCUAUACCUGUUACCGGUGAGCAACAUGGGGAAGCUAGCCGAGUUCAUCGAGCCGCUGCCGUUCCAGGUGAUCGUGAACGCCAUGCCGGCGGUGGACACGUUCCUGGUGGUCAGCGGAGCGAUGGUGUCGCUCGGACUGGCGCGCGAGGCCGGCGCCGGCCGGCCGGUCGGACUCCGCCAGCUACCGGCGCUAUACCUGCACCGUCUGCUGCGAUUGACGCCGCUCUACGCAGCCGUCAUCUGGUUCACGGCCACCCUGCUGCGUCACAUCGGCAGCGGGACGUUCACCACAGUCAACUUCGCCGCCUUCGGCAUCACCGGCUGUCAAGAGUCGUGGUGGCACAACUUGCUCUACAUCAACAACUUCUUUCCCAACGACGAGACGGUGUGCAUCGACCAGUCCUGGUACCUGGCGCUCGACAUGCAGCUGUUCCUGGUGGCCCCACUGCUGGUUCUCCCGGUGCUCCGCUGGCCACGUGCCGGCUGGCUGCCGUUUGGAUUCAUCUCGCUGGCCUCCGUUGUGAUCCCGGGAGUCAUCACCUACGUGAAGGACCUGCCGCCAACUCUGCUCAACCUCAACCGGCGCGCCACCGAUCCGGACGUGAUGGCCGACUUCACGCUGCUGGUGUAUAACGCGCCGUGGUCGCGGGCGGCCCCUUACCUGAUCGGCCUGGCGCUGGGUCUGAUGCUGGUGGAUCCCGAGCCACCGAAGCGCCCUUCACGGCUGGUCUGCGGUCUACUCUGGGCUCUCUCCACGGCAGUGGCUCUGCUGGUUGUGCUCGGUAUGUGGAAAUACAACAGUGAACCCGACUCAGAGUGGACGCCGGCCGUGGCUGUGUCGUACGCGGCGCUCCACCGGCCUGCCUGGGGUCUCUGCAUCGCCUGGGUGAUCUGGGCCUGCGCCAAGGGUCGUGGUGGUCCUGUGAACGCUCUACUCUCUCACCCUGUGUGGUGGCCGCUCUCGCGACUGACGUACGCUACUUACCUCACCUCCAUCCAGUUGAUGGUCUGGUAUGUCAGUCAGGCGCGCGAACCAGUGGCCGGCAGCCAUCUUUGGCUCGUGUUCUGGUUCCUGGCCGACCUAGUCGUCAACGUGGCGAUCGCAGCCGUGUUCUCCCUGGCGUUUGAGUGGCCGGCGGCGGCGCUGGAGAAGGCAGCGAGAAAGCGAGCCGCUGCCACCAAGGAACCCGAACCAGCGAAUGAAAACCCGUCGAACGGAGACAGCAUGAUUCGCGUACUGAGUUUGUCCAGGCGUGACUUUCAGUGACGAACAGUAAUGUGAUCAUGGCUGUUAUAUUACAAGACAAAGCUGGCGUUUGUAUAUGACGGUAUGGACCAUUGGCUGAAGCGAGAUGGCACUGUCUGGCGAUGUGUCGGUGUAUGCUGUAUCCAGCAAAAUGAACUUACUUUAUGCAGGGUCGUUACAUUGAGAGUAUGUUGCAAGCUCAAGAAUGUCAUUCGUCCGAUCACUCGGGUGAACUCGUUGAGCGUUGAGUGAAUUUAGAUGAGUGAUCAGAGAGGAUAUUAACCGCUACGUUUUCAGAUACGUCUCCUCUCUGCGAUUUUUCUCUCUUUUGAAUUUGGUGCAUACCAUCAGCAUCGUUUCAUCGGUAUCAUGCUCUGAACCGGUGCCAAGUCAUGUGGACCAUGAACCAUGGAGCCAAGGUGAGCUGCAAAGAUACCUACUAGGAAGUCGUUUUUUUCCGUAUAGCACUGCAACCGUAUGUAAGUACCUACGUAGGUAAAUUAGUCGGUGGGCUGGACGUGACAGGCCAGAAGUGGUGGUGCCGAGCUGGAUGGGAUUUGUCGUGUAAAACGAGCUGGCACACCCUCGAACCUGAAUGUGUUGCGGGUUCUUUAUAGACUACCGGCUAAUGCAUGUUUGCUUGGUUCUGGUAACACAAUGCGGGCUAAUUAGGCGUCCUGCUUUAUUGAUGAUUCACGCUCAACGAACGUACGUGUAUACCCGGCACGCGAUAGUUAGCAUUUGUUUUUUUUGUGUGUGUGUGUGUCGUGUAAUGUUCGCUCGGGAGAGAUUCUAUCAUCGUUAUAAUGCCCUAAUCGAGUGUUUUGCAUGUCGCACAUCCUCUUCCGCUUCUGGUAGAGCUUAUCGCGCCAGUUGUAUCGGCACAAAGUUGCCUUUAGUGCCGUUUUGCAGUUAUCUAACUGCAAAAUAAAAUAAGGGCUCCGAUGGAUUAUGCUGUUACUAGUCAGUAAAAACGAAUAAGGUAUUUCACGCCAGUAACGUAUUAUAUAAGCGUAACUAGUGUGAAUCAUUCUUGUUUACUGAUGCCUUUGUCCCAGUACAACAAUUCUAUCAUGCAAAUGGUAAUGAGUCAAUUGGUGUGUAACGGAGUGAUCGGUCUUUAGGCUCGAGCGAAAACUGUUAACUUCUCUGCUGACGGAAGAAAAGUUUACUCAGAUUUUCAAACAACCUCGCCCCCCCCCCCCAAACAACCUCAAACAGUUUUUUAGACUCCAUGCAAACAAAUGCUUUCAACCUUUAGGGGUGUGUAAAAGGGGCUAUAACGACAUGUGGUGUAAGCACAUUUUUAAGUUGUGAUGCGAUUGGGCUGUGUCUGGGAUUUAUAGGUUUUGGAUUUAGGUUUAGUUAUUGGGUCUUGGAUUUGUCUCAAAAUAAGCUUGAUGUAUGCAUUUCGUGACUGUAGGCCGAACCACCUAAUUCGCUAUGGUGGUCGGAAAUCGGACUGUAUUUGACCCGACUCUGCAAUAUCUUGAAAACUAAGAAAGAUAGAAAGACUCAUAAAACGCGUAAUAAACGUGCCCUCCACAUUGUCAAACAAUACGUCAUUAAAUUUAUUAGUUAGCCGCGCAGAGGUUGACUAUAAGACGUUAUGCUUCCCUACGUCAGCGGUCUGAUCUUACCUCAAAAUGCGAUGGCAAAAAGUCCACUCGGAAUCGAGUGUCACGCAUUCCAUCUACCCCCGACGCAUUUCGAGCCAUCGCAAGAAAAGAAACAUCACACAGGAUGGCCAUUCCGUUCAUUCGGACGGGGAGGGCUACCAAAAUAUACAGGAAGACUCUUGAGAUUAUAACCAUUGCUCAUAACAGCCGAUUCUUACACAUGUCCCUUUAGAGGCGAUUAUUUCAUGAUAACCUCCGCCAAGACACAUAAGUCUGGUACCUAUCUUUCGUGUAGGUACACGGAAGACGCGGUAUCUGUAACUGCGGUGAA